AUUAGUUUUAUUUGGGGAGGAAUAUGAAAUUCGAACUUAUUUAUUAGGAAAAAAAGAAAAAAGAAAAAAGAAAAAAACAGAGGCAGCAGCUCUACAGUCUACUCACUCUUCUGGACCCGCAUGAAGGUCGGCCCAAUUCUCUCCAGUAAGACUCAUCAGUUUCUUUAAACAAAUUUGGGAACGGCUACCGUACCAGACUUGCUUUACAGAUACAUACAGAGACGUGCUAGAUCCCAUCCCACUCCUUGUGGUCUAAUUCCAUUUACUAUUCCAUCAAUCUCAAAUAAGGUGUGAUGUUAUUAAGAAAUUAGGAAGAAGAAAAGAAAAAAAAAUGAGCUUUCAAGAUGUGCAGAAUAGCGGAGGAAGGGGAAAGAAGGCAUCAGCGUCUCCGUCGCAGGCGGUGGCUGCCGGAAUAUUCCAGAUCAACACUGCCGUUUCCACUUUCCGUCGACUGGUCGAUGCCAUCGGCACUGCCAAGGACACUCCCGACCACCGCCAAAAGCUGCACAACACAAGGCAACGCAUACUUGAGCUUGUCAAAGAUACGUCUGCCAAGCUCAAAGCCCUCAGCGAAUCUGAUCACCACAUCAAUGUCAAUCCCAGUAAGCAGAUAGAAGAUGCCAAGCUUGCAAGGGAUUUCCAAACAACAUUGCAAGAAUUCCAGAAAGUUCAGCAGCUCGCCUCUGAGCGCGAGUCUACUUACAUGCCUUCCUUGCCAUUGGCAGCAGCAACCUCUGCGGCCUCUGCCUCUGAGGAACAUUUGGAACCUACCAGCACCAGGGAUCAGCACCGCCAACCUUUCCUUCAGGAGCAAAAGAGGCAGGAAGUACUUUUGCUUGACAAUGAGAUUUCUUUCAAUGAGGCCAUAAUUGAGGAGAGGGAACACGGUAUUAGAGAGAUAGAAGAACAAAUCGGACAAGCUAACGAAAUUUUCAAGGACCUUGCAGUUCUCGUUCAUGAGCAGGGUGUAGUCAUUGAUGACAUUCACUCUAACAUUGACAACUCUUCUGCUGCAACAACCCAAGCUAGAGUUCAACUAGCUAAGGCCUCCAAAGGAGUUAAAUCCAGAUCAUCAUGGUGUUGGUGGGUGGUGGCGGUUUGUGUGGUGGUGGUCGUAGUCAUCCUCAUCGUCCUUAUCAUAUAAUGUGCAAGUACAUAUAUACAGUCACGAUGUGCCUCUGCAUGAGAAAGUUUGUGUGAUGGAUUCUUUGUUUAUUGAAGUCCUCCAGCUUUUAGUUGAGAUUUACAUGUAUUAGAGUGGAAUACCUCUUUGUUUGCUUGUCUUUUGUCUUAAGGCUGAUUUUGGUUGUUUUUGUAUUAUGGUUGUUGGGCUUUGCUUCUGUAAUUCAUUCGCUUUUAAGAGCGGGUUCUCUCU